CCAUUUGUUGAGGAGUGUAUUAAGGCCACACAACAAAGUGAAGCUGCUAAAUACAUUCAAAAAUGUGACCCGGCAGUUCGACCCGGCUUGUAUAUAAAAAUAGGAGAUUUUAGGGCCGCAGCUCAAGAAGCACUCGCGCUAAAGGAUAUUCAGUUAUUGCGAGAAAUAAGAAGCAAAUGUGCUAAUCAAAUCAUUGCACAAGAAUUAGAUGCUUAUAUCGCUCAAGCAACCACGAAAUAG